UUUAUUAUUUUCUUUGUAGUCUAUAAAUACACUAACAUUUGUGACUAAUUUUUAGUGUGCAAAGAGGGGGUUGAACCACUCAAAGCAUAUAGUUAUAGGAAAAGAAAAGCCCAACUAAAAAUGGGUGAAACCAAUGAAAUAAGUUCAGCACCUAUAACCCCAAGGCCUGUCGACGCCGCUUCAAGGCCUCCGGCUGUGGCAGUGCCUCCUGCUCAGUAUCAAUCCGGUGGCAAAGACGCAGCAAACACAAACAAAACACCGAAAUCCUUAACACCGAAAAGCCGGACUCCGCGCUUCAUUACUCCGAUAGGGAGUCCUGUUAGGAGGGCUCUCAGGCUCACAAGGCUUAACCCUCAAGAUGCAUGGCUUCCAAUCACCGAGUCACAAAAUGGUAAUGCUUUCUACGCUGCUUUUCACACUCUAUGCUCUGGAAUUGGAAUCCAAGCCCUUGUGUUCCCCGUUGCCUUCACAUUUCUUGGAUGGACAUGGGGAGUAAUUUGCUUGACAGUGGGAUUCAUAUGGCAACUUUACACCCUAUACUUGCUUGUUCAACUCCAUGAAUCUCCCGAAACUGGCAUACGCUACUGCAGAUAUAUGCAACUUUCAAAUGCAACUUUUGGAUACAAGCUAUCAAAAAUCUUAUCCUCAUUUCCAAUCUUGUAUCUAUCCGGUGGGUCAUGUGUGGCGGCGAUCAUCAUCGGAGGGUCAACAGCGAAGUCCUUCUUCCAGAUUAUAUGUGGGGCCACAUGCACUGCUAAGCCAUUGACAAUGGUAGAAUGGUACUUGGUGUUUACAUGUAUUGCAGUGGUUUUCGCUCAGCUGCCAAACCUGAACUCCAUAGCCGGGAUUUCGCUCAUCGGAGCUAUCACAGCCAUUGGAUAUUGUACGAUCAUAUGGGUGGUUUCCGUGGCAAAGGGGAGGCUUCCUAUGGUAUCAUACAAUCCAGUGAGACACGGCUCCCAAACUGAGCAAGUCUUUGAUAUUCUAAAUGCACUUGGAAUGAUUGCUUUCGCUUUCAGAGGUCACAAUCUCAUUCUUGAGAUUCAGUCCACAAUGCCAUCAAAUGAGAAGCACCCAUCAAGAGUGCCAAUGUGGAGGGGUGUCAAGGGUGCUUAUCUAAUUGUAGCAUUGUGCUUAUACCCUCUUGGAAUUGGAGGCUACUGGGCGUAUGGUCAGAUGAUACCAGAAGGGGGAAUGCUAGCAGCAUUUUUUGGAUUCCAUAGGAAGGACCUCUCGGAGUUCGUUUUAGGACUCACAAGCUUGUUUGUGAUAGUUAAUAGUGUGUGCUCCUUCCAGAUCUACGGUAUGCCAAUGUUUGAUGAUAUAGAGUCCCAGUACACAAGGAGGAUGAAGCAGCCAUGUCCAUGGUGGCUCCGUGCCAUUCUGCGAGUUUUAUUUGGUUUCUCCUGCUUCUUCGUCGCUGUGGCCAUCCCUUUCUUGGGAAGCCUUGGUGGUCUCAUUGGAGGUGUCUCAUUGCCAGUAACUUUGGCUUAUCCAUGUUUCAUGUGGCUCAAGAUUAAGAAGCCAAAGAUUUAUUCUCCAAUUUGGUUCCUCAAUUGGGUGCUUGGAAUUGGUGGAAUGCUUUUAAGUGUGGUUCUGAGUGUUGCUGGAGUUUACGUGAUUAUACAAACUGGUAUCCAUGCCAAUUUCUUCAAGCCUCAGUGAUUGGUAUUUAUGUACAAACAUAUAAUAUGUCAUGGGUAUUGAUUUUAGUUAUGUCCCAAAAUUGUACUAUAUAUUAUAUAUUGGUUGUGUUCAUGGAGUUUUGAUAUAUAUAUAUAUAUAUAUAUUCAUGAAAAAACAAUUUGGUAGUGAA